AUUCUAAGAGAUUUCAACUUCUACCAUGGAUUUCUACCACGUGAUGACCUCCCGUUCCUACUACACUACGUUGGUGAAUUCAUUGUGAGGUUAAGCGAGGUCAACAGUGAAGGGCCACGAAAGCGGGAAAUUAUACUCUCCGUAGUUUGCGAAGGGCAGCCCGAUAUACAGCAGAGCUCCGAGGCGAUGAAGCGUUAUGAAGAAAAGGAAGAACAAAGGCAGGGGCGAAAGCAGUACGAGAAAAGGCGUGGACAGAUAAAGAAUAUCAUUAUUAAGCGAGCACUCGGAAAGUAUAUGGUAGAAACUACUCACCUCUUCAACUCUCUCUCGGACCUUUUCACAUACUAUGGACACAAACCCGGCUUUCUAGCGAAGACACAAUUCAUGCUUUUGCAUCCGAUUCGGCAACAGUCAUGGGAGUAUUAUCACUCAGACCUCCAACAAGGGAGGGUUCUAGGAGAGGGAGCUUUCGGGUUGGUGCGAGAAGGAGUACUAAAAACCAAGUCUGGGAAAACUGUCUCUGUUGCGGUAAAGCAGACUAAGUCUCACACCGAAAUGGAUAAAGCGAAAAUCAAAGAGAUGAUGAAGGAAGCACGCUUGAUACGAUUGUUCAAGCACAAAAAUAUUGUGCGCAUCUAUGGAGUGGCUGUUGACGAGCAACCGCUGCUGAUCGUUUUGGAACUCGUAUCAGGCGGAGCACUGAAGAGCUUUCUGAGGGAAUAUGGCGUACGCUUCGACAUGAAGGAGAAGAUCUUUAUGUGCAUUGGAGCUGGAUCAGGGGUGGAGUACCUCCACGCAAAUGAAUGCAUGCACCGAGAUCUGGCUGCAAGGAACUGCCUCAUCACAAAAGAAAAAGUUGUCAAAAUAAGUGAUUUUGGUCUUUCACGCGUCGGUACUCACUACGUCAUGAAAACUGCAAUGAAGUUACCCAUUAAAUGGCUGGCACCAGAAACGAUUGCAUCAUUUGUAUUUUCCUUGAAAACGGACGUCUUCAGCUUCGGAGUUCUGGCCUACGAGAUCUUUACAAAUGGAAGUGAACCGUGGGAACAUUACACAAACGCUGAAGUGAAAACAGCAGUCAGUGACCUUCUGUAUUUCUCAGACUACAGUCGUUACUACCUCCUCUGCUCAGGUGCUUGA